AUGGCCUUCAAGACAGAGCAGGUGCCGGGAGCCGCAUGCUCUCUUUACACCAGCUUGUGGGAUUUUCAAGCCCGGACUGAAACGGAGUUGACUUUCCAAGCAGGGGACCUGUUCCAGGUGAUUCAGAAGACCGGGGAAUGGUGCUGGGCCAAGCAAGUGGAUGCUGUGGGGGGAAGAUACGAAGAAGGCUACGUCCCCUACAGCUAUCUCGCCAAGAAGGAGACGGUAGAGACGGAGCCAUGGUUUUUUGGGCAGAUCUCCCGUUCCGAAGCGGUGCUUCGGCUGAUGUCCAAAGAGAAUAACUCUGGAGCUUUCCUGGUUCGUAUCAGUGAGAAAAUCGGAGCAGAUUUCGUACUUUCAG